UCUGUUGUUUGUAUCUGUAAUGUGUAUGUCCUUUUCAGUGUUGUCUGUUUUAGUGUGCAGGUGAUAGACUAGAGAACAAGACCUCUGUCUCCGUAGCAUCCUGGAGCAGUCUGAAUGCCAGAAUGGAUAACCGUUUUGCUACAGCAUUUGUAAUUGCUUGUGUGCUUAGCCUCAUUUCCACCAUCUACAUGGCAGCCUCAAUUGGCACAGACUUCUGGUACGAAUAUCGAAGUCCAGUUCAAGAAAAUUCCAGUGAUCUGAACAAAAGCAUCUGGAGUGACUUCGCUAGUGAUGAGGCAGAUGAAAAGACUUAUACUGAUGCACUUUUUCGAUAUAAUGGCACAAUGGGAUUGUGGAGACGGUGUAUCACUAUACCCCAGAACAUAUAUUGGAAUAACCAAGAAAGGACAGAAUCAUUUGAUGUGGUCACAAGAUGCAUGAGUUUCACCCUAAAUGAGCAGUUCAUGGCAAAAUUUGUUGAUCCUGGAAACCACAAUACUGGGAUUGAUCUGCUUCGGACUUAUCUUUGGCGUUGCCAGUUCCUUUUACCUUUUGUUAGUUUAGGUUUGAUGUGCUUUGGGGCUUUGAUUGGACUUUGUGCUUGUAUCUGCCGAAGCUUGUAUCCUGCCAUUGCCACAGGCAUUCUCCAUCUCCUUGCAGGUCUGUGCACACUGGGCUCAGUGAGUUGUUACGUGGCUGGAAUUGAACUGCUCCACCAAAAACUAAAGCUGCCUGAGAAUGUGUCUGGUGAAUUUGGAUGGUCCUUCUGCCUGGCUUGUGUCUCAGCUCCCUUACAGUUCAUGGCUUCUGCUCUUUUCAUCUGGGCAGCUCAUACCAACCGGAAAGAGUACACCUUAAUGAAGGCAUAUCGUGUGGCAUGAGGGGGAAACUAGCUGCUAUACAAUUUCCAUUUUUAUUAUUUUUUAAGAGUAAUAUUUUCCCUUGCCCCCUCCCCAAUUGUUUUUAAUUUAACUAUUUUUUUGCGGAUAUAUUAUUUUACCUUGAAAAUCCGCUUUAUUUAUUCACACAGUUGUUUUUUAAUACAACUAAAAUUUAUAUGCAUUACUCUGAGGGAUUCCAUAUUUCAAACAAACUAAUCUAGGGUCAGAGUCCAGACAGAAGGGAAUGGGUAGAUACUUGGCACAAAUUUGUGAAAGAUAACUGAUAGUGGGAAAUUGACCCAGAGUAAGUUCUGCUGAUGUCUGUUAGACUUUUCAGUAAAGUGAUUGUAUUCACUGAACUGGAAAUUUUAUUUUCACUGGGAAACCUCAUCAUUGUCAAAACUUAUGUUCACUUUGCUGUUAUAGUUAGCCGGUCAGCCAGAGGUAUUAAUGCUGUUUUCAGAAACUUAAGCUACAUAAAGUCGGGAAAUUAUCUAAGAUCCUUUUCCCUAAAUAUUGGCUGGCAUAUAGCUACACUGAGAUGAAAUAUGACAGCUGUUUAUCUACACCGUGUCUGUCUACAAGAAAGGAAGUGAAAAAUAAUAGAAUUUACUUGAAAUUUUAACUUUGGAACUGCAGGAGUUCCAGUUCAGCCAAACAAGAUUAACCUAAUUUUACUUUUUUUUAAAAAAACUCUCCUUAAUAUGUCAGUAGGAUUUUUAGUACCACCAAACCAUUUUGGAUUUUUGCUCCUUCCCCUUAAUACAGCUGGCUUAUUACAAGAUUGCUUUCUUUUUAAUACUACUUCGGGAACACAGAGUAAAAUUCUUCAACUGCUAUCUCUUUAUUUUAACUAAGUACCAUAAAGAACGUUCCACCAUAAAGACCCUCUGGAGUUAGGAAAGCUACCACAACCGGGAUGGUUGUUAACUUCCAACUAUGGUCUUUAUUUCUUUGUGAAAUGAUGUGCCUUUCCUUGCCUCAGUCCCUUCCUGGUGUGUAUCAGCAUUAUUUAAUGUCAUUAAAUUCAACCAUUUUUUGAUAAAUAUGUCUAUAAACAUUGAAGUUUUGAAAAUCUUAUUUAUUUCAUUACUGUAGCACUUGACAGAUUUUUUAAAAUGUAACUUAGUAAUUUCUUACACUAUCCUAGAUCUGUCUUUUAUAAAAAAUAAAAUUAAAAAUGAGAAGAGA